AUGACGUCGCUCGAUCCAACGGGUGCGCUCCUCACCGCGGUUGGUGUGGAGAGGGAGGUGCCGCCCCUGUUCGUCAGCCUUGGCGCGAACGCUGCGCUGCCGUCGGAGGAGUACGUGCGCGUGAUUGCGCUCAGUGGUCCGCACGACCUCAACAUAAUCCCACCAAGUUUGCAAAACGGUGUGCGUAAUGGUAAUGGCAGGCAGAACAGCAUAAGCGGGGGUGCUAGCAUGACGAACAUCAACGUAAAAAACCGCAGCAGUGGUGGUGGCGGCGGUGGCAGCAGCAGCAGCAAUUGGGCGUCCGUUUCUCACCCAAAGGACUCUGUGGUGCGACACGACUUCGCACUCCACGCACGCGGGGCGCGGAUGUGUCGUCUGCUGGAGACCAUGUUGGACACGGCAGACCUACAGUUGGAUGUGCAUAGCUACGACAGCAACGCAUGUGGUUCUCUUAACAAGGCCGACAGGAAGGGAAAAGACAGCGCAGGGGACUUGCCACCGGUGGUGCUUCCGCAGGCAACACGACGAGGGUGCGAAGUCCUCUUUCAAUUCCUGGAUUUGAUGAUGACGCGCAUUCCAACGACGUUGAGUAAGCCGCUCCGUGCUCCAAUCGAGGAGCUUGUUCAGCCGUGGGAACUCAAGUUCCUGCUGAAUAACUGUAUGGACGAGACAAUUAGCCGCGCCAUCACCCAGCAGAUGAGCGUCGAGCAGGAAGGUGGCAACAAGAAGAAUAACACAAACGCGGAGGGCAAAGCGAGUUACUAUCGCGUAAUUCUAAACGGUGCGCCACAGUCACUAAACCUACUGCUGGAAGUCGCUAUGCUAAGCGAUUUUCUUCUUGUUGAACCGCUGCGGCAGCUGACCUGCGCCUUCAUUGCGUCUCUCGCGUUAAAUGCAUCCUCUGAUGCGGAACUGCUGCGACUAUGUGGAUUGCAACGCGCCAUGACGGAGGAGGAACUGGACCCGCUCUACGCCCAGUUCGCUUUUCUGCGCCCAGACAACGGCUCGGACUGGUAG